AUGUUGAAGAGGUCUGCAACGGGGACAUGGCUGCCCGCAUGGGUGCCGGAGUCUACGUUGACACUUUCAUUCCUGUUGCUCAUUUGCUCGAUCGUUCAAUCUGCGACGGGUGGCUAUGACGGAUCUAUGUUGAACGGCCUCAAUAUACUGCCAUCAUAUAACGACUAUUUCAAUUUGAAUCCUGUGACGACUGGUCUGAAUACAGCAUCGGUGAACAUUGGUGGGGCUCUGGGUCCUUUGGUUUCUGGAGUGAUCACAGACCGAUUGGGCCGGCGCCCAGCAAUCUUCUGGGGAUCAGUGGGGACAAUUGUUGGAAUAAUUCUUCAAACGGCUGCACAGAACAUUGCAAUGUUUGUUGUGGCCCGAAUUAUCCUUGGAUUUGGAAGCGCAAUAACCGGUGUUGCCGGAGGGAUCUACCUCUCAGAAGUAUUCCCGAGCCGGUGGCGUGCAUGGGGUCCCGAAUCUCCACGAUGGCUUGUUCACCAGGGCCACUAUGAGGAAGCCAGGUUAUCAGUUGCACAAACAAAUGCCAAUGGAAACCUCUCAGACCCCGUUGUUCUCGCGAUCUUCAAGGAAAUUGUGGAUACAUUAAAAUGGGAAAAAGAGGCGGGGCAUAAUAUGAAUCCUAUGGAGAUUUUCAAAACUCCCUCGGCGAGAAAGCGUCUUCUCAUCGGCAUGUCGGCUGGGCCAUUCUCCUGUAUUGCUGGCAACAUCAUCGCAUCGUAUUACUUUGGCAAGGAACUUGAUACGGCCGGCAUCACCAACUCUAACGACCAACUCAAGGCAAACGUUGUUUUAGAUGUUUGGUGCCUCGCAUGUUGCCUUAUUGGAACCCAUCUCGCGUCUAAAUGGGGGAGAAAACCAACUGCAAUGCUCUCUCAGGCCCUUCUCAGCACGUGUCUAUUCAUCAUUGGUGGUCUGUCCAAAAUGUAUGCUUCGAACCCAAGCGGGGCCUCCAGCGGACUCGUUUACGGAAAUGUUGCUGUUAUGUUCCUUUUCCAAGGAUUUUAUUCAGUCGCGUGGACUCCCCUCCUUUACCUUUACCCGCCUGAGAUUAUGAACUACUCCAUUCGUGCCAAUGGAGUCGCAUUUUCAUCAUUCGUGUUAAACGCUUUUGCACUCGUCUUUACCUUUAUCAUGCCAAUUGCUCUCGGAAAUAUUGGAUGGAAAAUGUACAUGAUCAACGCGUCGUGGGAUGUUGUCAUCCUGGGUCUUAUUGCAUAUUAUUGGGUGGAAACCAAGGGAAAAACCCUUGAGGAGAUCGAUGCAUUGUUUGAAGGCGAGAAGCAUUCUUCUGUGCCAGAUGUUGAGAAAAUUCAGAAUGGUGACAAGCAGAUCGAUACCACCAUUAUCGAGGAGCAGCUGACCGCUGAGCUGGACCCGACGAGAGCCAAGGUUUCGGGCAGUGAGGUUGUCUCUUGA